AUGGAUCUUCAGGAGAUAGGAAUUCCGAUGUUAAUCGUAGACGUUCUUUGCAGGGCUUCGACGAGGAAAGCCUCGACUUCUGUUCCUGAGGGCGUUCCGGAGCAAGUGAUCGAGCUUGACUCUCCUCCUUCCUCGGACCAUGACGAGUCUUCCCAUCACGAUGAGAGUGCUUCUCAUCACGAUGAUGGUUUGAGGACUCCGGCGCGUGGUGGUUCGCCUUCUAAGGGGGACGAGUUCCUCACCCCUGGUGGUGGCGUUCCCUCCUCUGACCGGCGUGAUCGUGGUGGUUUCGAAGGAGGGGAAUCAUCUCGGCGUCCGGUGAGAAUGAUGAGGCGGUGUCUCGUCACUCGGAGGCGGGUGGUUUUGCUCCUGACUCAAUUCAAGAUCAACAAAAAAUCUUAA